CUCCCUUUCUCCCUCCGUUUCUAUCAUUCACAGAAACUCCGCCAAAAAACCCUAGCACUGUAAGCCUACACCACCGCCGCCGCAAGGAGGGGCAUACUGCCGCCGUCCGUCCGUCUAUCUAGCUUCCCUCGUGCUCCAAGUCUUCAACCCCCGUUCGUUGUCACCGAUCGCAGCUGCUUCCACGAGCUCGGCGUCCGCCGUUGGUUGCCGUUAACGUUCGCGUCUUCGUUCAGCCGUCGUCUUCGUUCGCGUUCUUCGCCGUUCAAGUUUGCUUGGCGUUCACCGUUCGCGUUCACCGUUCGGGUUCGCGUUCGUCUGGAAGCCAUGUUGCCCUGCUUCAAACUCUGCGACCAACCCGCGCGCUUCACCUAGCCGUCGAACUGCUCUCUUUUGUCGCCGCCGUGAGUUCCCUAAACCCACCACCAGACAAUACACUCACACAACAACAAUACUCUGCGUGAACCAAACACCCCCCCUCCCCCCUCUUCCCCCAAUCAUUCAUUCAUUUAAUCAUUUGUCACUAUACUCCCUGUACUGGAGAUUGGAGAACUCUGAAGCGGAGGAACCCUAGCCCUCCAUAGUCGCCGCCGUUCCCAGGUCGUCGAACCCUAACCCAGUAACUCGGCAGGUACUCUUCAUCUUCGCUGGCUUCUCGGCACCGAACCCAGGCUAACGAUCCUUAGGGCAUGGAGGGGCAACAGAACAAGACGGUGAGAAUAUUUGUCGGUGGAUUGGGGGAAUCAGUAACUAAACAAGACCUACACAGUUUGUUCAGCUCUUUCGGCAAUGUCGAAGCAGUCGAAACAAUCCGAACCAAAGGUCGCAGUUUCGCCUAUCUUGACUUCCUUCCUUUUCCCACCGAUGACAAAUCUCUUUCCAGGCUUUUUAGCAAGUAUAAUGGUUGUGUUUGGAAGGGUGAGAAGUUGAAGCUUGAGAAGGCUAAAGAACAUUAUCUAGUGCGGUUGAAACGAGAAUGGGAUGAAGAUGCUAUGUCUAAGAUUGAGCAUGUUAGUGACAAACCAGUCACUACUGAUAAGUUAGAGGAAAAGCCCACAAAAGAGAGUUUAAAGACAAAGCAGCUCCACAUUUACUUCCCGAGGUUAAGAAAGGUAAAAUCUAUACCAUUCACUGGAACUGGAAAGCACAAAUACAGUUUCCAGAAUAUUAAAGUUCCUCUUCUCCCUGUGCAUUUCUGUGAUUGCAAGGAACAUUGUAGUCCUUCUGGCACAGAAAGGGGAAAACUACAUAUUGAAAGGGCAACAGAAAUUGGAGGAAUGAAUGAUGAAGAAAUUAACAUAAUGAAUGUCGUGAUGAACAAACUACUUGGAAAAGAAAAUGUUUCCGAAAAGAAGAAUCUUGAAACAGAGGAUUCCUUUGAAUCACCUGCACAUCCUGAUGACUCUGAAGUAGGUAGUUCAACAGAUGAAGAUGAUAUCAUUAUUAACGUGAACACAAAGAGAAAUAAAUCGUCCAUAAUAGGGAGUGAGGAACUUCAAAUGAUCUUGGAAAAUCAGGACUCAUGGUCCAAUAAAUCAAAAAUUGGUAAGGAAGAAAAUGACAAGAGUGAGUCUGAUGUGCAUAAAGGGCAUAAGAGCAAUCCCAACAAUAAGAGAAAAUCACUUCGCAAAUCGGAAAGGGAAAGCAUUGGACAUGUGUCUACUACUGCUAAAGGAAAGAAUAAUGUGCAGACCCUUCCAGAUGAGGUAGAAUCUGGAGUGCAACCUGUUGAGUCAGAAGAUGAUUUUGGCAAACCGUCUAAAGUUUCAUGGUCUCAGAAAUCAUCAUGGAAAGAACUACUUGGUAAUGGAGGUAAUACUGCUUUCAAUGGCACUCUCAUAUUUCCUACAGAACAAGAAAGACCUGAUAGUCCAUCCCAAUCCAUAUCUUUAAACGACAAAACUGAAAACAUGGAAGGGCAUGAACACCUAGGGAGUGAACCCACCGAUACAGAAUCGACAAAGGAGCUCACUGAAGAUAAUCAUACCAACACAUCAGCAUUAAGAAAGCAUGCUGAAGCUCAGCCUGCUGACAACAAUGUGGAGUUGAAGAAGACCGGUCGAGGUGCAUCAUGGCGACGGAAGCAAUCAUGGACACAACUGGUUGCUGGAGACAACAGUUCAUUUAGCAUUUCACAGAUUUUGGCAGGCAUUACAUUCUCAGAGCCAAUGGCCAAGGGGUCUACCAUGGACCCUGCAAAUUCCAACAAUCCCAAGCAUAAUAAUGUAGGUAAGGAUGCUAUUAAUGAAGUUGUUACUAGUGAUGGGUGUAUACCGGAAAAGAGUCAACAUGAUGGUGGUGGUGCCAAUGAUACUGCAUAUGAGGAAAAGAGUGAGACAAGAGAAAAGGAAGGAUCGUCUGAAGAAACAGUACAAAAAGAGAGAUCCACUGCGAGGGUUGAAGUAGGCGAAACUUGCACAUUCAUGAGAAGUUGUUCUUCUUUGAAAGAGUGGGCGAAGGCUAAAGCUGCUUUAAGUGGAUCACUCAAAAGGAAACGUCCCAACUCCUGAGAACCAGUAAAGAAGCAUAAAUAACACUGUCGUGUAUUUUUAAUUUGUUGUUUUUCUUGGCUUAUGCAUAGCAAAAUGAGGGAAAUUAAUUUUCAGA